GCCGCCACCUGCGCUCCCGCCGCCCUGACUGGCGUCUGUGAGCCCGCCAUCAGCCCACGCGGUGGGUGCUCGCAGCACCUCCGAGCGGGAGCUCCGUUCUUCCAAGGCUCUGCUUAGGGUCGGUGCUGUAGGUACAAGUGGUUAUGCUGCGGAGCCUCCGCUAGGAAUCCUCCUAGCGUGGGAGAGCACCGUACUGCUGAAUUCUCUGCUCCGCGUGCUGAUAGCGCUGCAGCAGGGAGUGCGGGCUGCAGGUUGGGCAGGCCAGGACUAAAUGAUCCUCGAGGUCUCCUCCAGCCUUAAUGAUGCCAUGAUAAUGCUCUCAAAUCUCGUGGAGCCCGCUUCUGUCUUAUAAAGGAUGGAGAUUAAUUCAAUUAAAAUGCGGUUUCGUUUACCUUCUUUUCCUUUGAUCUGCUCUUCAGUCAUCUCAUUGCAGCUUAUAAGGCUUCUUCAAUCUCCAGUUGAUUUUGAAACAAUUAAUUGAACAAUUAACUGCAUGCUAACGUAGUGAUUAUCAAGUGUGUUCAUUUUGCAAGUAUCUACGGAUCUAAGGCGUUGUAUCCACAUUCUCAAUUUAAUAAGACAUUGCGUGGGUAUUACAGAAUUGCUCUGCACUUGAACUAAAUAUCUGAUAGGGAAAUGGUAGGAUUAGAUUUCAUCUCACUGAACUCAGGCUUGUUUUGCCUGAAUUGCAUUGUAUUUGUACAUUGGACAGGCUGGAGAGUUGGUCAGAGGUUGGCCAUGAGCCAGAUAUGCGCUCCUGUGGCCAAGAAGAGCAAUGGGGUCCUGGGCUACAUUAGACAGCUGGCAGUGGGUCAAGGGAGGUGAUUUUCCCCCUCUACUCUGCCCUGGUGAGGCCACAUCUGGAGUACUGUGUCCAGCUGUGGGCUCCUCAGUUCAAGAAAAACAAGGAUUUCCUGGAAAGAGAUGAUCCUUGAUCAAAGAUGAUCAAGGCCUGGAGCACCUCCUUUAUGAGAAAAGGCUGAGAGACCUGGGACUGUUCAGCCUGCAGAACAGAAGGCUGAGAGACAGUAUUGUUAAUGCUUAUAAAUAUCUAAUUGGCUGGGAAUCAAAUGAAUGGGGCCAGGCUUGGUAGUGCCCAGCAAUAGAGCAAUGGGCAGUGGGCACAAACCAGAACACAGGGCAUUUCAUAUGAACAUUAGGGAAAAACUUCUUUACUUUGAGGCUGGCAGACCAUUCAGACAAGCUGCCCAGAGAGGCUGGGAAGUCUCUUCUGAAGGUAUUCAAAACCAACUGGAUGCUUUUCUUUGGAGCCUCCUUUAGCAUGGGAGUUAGAUGUGACCAAGGAAGAGACCCCAGAGGAAUUUCUGCCAGAGGAUGUGGAUGAGAUUGACCAUGCCAAGGUGCAGCUGUAAUGUGGUUUGUGGGUCUCAAUAGGAUAUAGAUGCAGAUCCAAGUGGUUAAUGCAUUUUGUUGCUGCUUGUACAGAAGCCUCUGAGUCCAUAAGCUCCAUCCAUAACUUCAUGACUCCCCCAGAGUUCAUCCUGGAGGCUUCUCUCUGUUCUAUGAUGUGUGUCCCUACGCUGGGACCUCCAGCUGCAUACCACGAUUGCUAAGCUUGCACCCCCACUGUACCAGGACCCAAAAAUUGUUCUGGGACCCCCAGAACUGCACUGGAACCUCCCACACUACAAGAGCUGCCCACAGUGUAGUGGGAAGCUUCCAUUCUGCACCAGAACUUCCCCUGCUAUGGGUCACUCAGGACUGCUCUGAGAUCCAAUGUACAAUGCAGAGGGACCACCUACAACUACAUCCUUCAGCAGCAGCAGUCCCUUGAGUGGGUUUGCCUUCUCCUCGUGGACAUGCAACUCACAUGUCCUUUUCAGCCAGUUGCUUACAUGAGCUAUGAGGAUGUAAUUUUGUGUCCCACAGGAAGGUCUUUGGAGCAAGAAAUACAGAGCUACAGCUGUAAGGCCAAAACAUGAGUCAGAGAGAGACACUAGAGGCCCCCCUACACCAAAGUAUAAGCUAAUGAGUCCUCCCAAAGGAAGAAAGGUUCUUCAAGCCCCAGAGCAAGGUAAAGAGACUCAAGGGGAAGGAAGGAAAGCAAUUGCAAUGUUCUUCCUCUCCUUUCCUCAUCUCAGGGGCCCCCAGUCAGUGACUGCAGGUCAGAAAGCCCCUGUACUUUGCUCCCCAACAGGCAUCAGGUCUUAAGACAUUCUGUCCCAGAGGUAUCUGGGGCCCCACGUAGGAAAUAUCUGUGAAGUGGCAGGAGACAGAGGAAGAAAAUCUUGUCCCAGGUAGGGAAAAGGAAAAGCAGACAGUUCCCCUUUUCUCGUUUCUCUGCUCCUGUAGGUAACCAAACCAACUCUUGAGUUUGCCAGGCAGUGUGAUUUGCUGUCACUGGCUGUAUGCUGAGCAGCCAGGGGAGGGGCAACAAAAAUGGUGCCAGUGCUGAGGAGCUGGUGGCCAGCAAGGAGGGGCAGAAGUCCUUGGGUGGGCAGUACCCGAGGGGCUGGCAGUGCUUCUUCAUUCAAGCCAAGCACCUAAGGGUGUUUUUUGUCAGUCAAGUCAGAGAUCUCCAUGUGCCAUUUUAAGCUUAACCAAACAGCACACUGCCAGCUCUUGAAUGUCUUGGAGCACAGCCCUCAGGGCUCCAACUUAGGCUCCGUAUAUAGAAUCUUCCAUAUCCACACAGCUGAAGCAAGGCUGUAUGCUGACCAUGAACAUCACCACAAGUUUUCAGUGGUACCUCUAGUUCGAGGAGAACAGGCUGGCUAAGAAAUAUUUCCUGUGAUUUUAUGCAUGAGCCCCUAACUUCUGCUUCCGCCAUCUGAACAACGUUCCUGGGACAACAUCCUCAUACUUCCAGCAGCUGGGUGAUAAAGCUGUCCACAUUCAGCUCCCCAUCUGCCAUUUUGUGGCCACCAGACUCGGUCCAGAGUGGGAGAAGGGCAGAAAAUGCAUAGGACCCCAGUUGGGUUUGGAAAGCUGCUCUUGCCUGCGUCAGCAGACUCUGAGUAUGCCGAGGCACUGAUGCAAUAGCACCCUGUCCCAGUGAGCAUGGGCAUAGCACUGAAGAUGAGCAUUGGUCAGGGAGUGCCCAGGCACUGCCCCCUGCUGAGACCUUCCACACUUGCUGGGUGCCCACAGAGUCAUUGUGACAUCGGAGCCAUCAGUGACCACUGUGGGACACGUGGUGCAUUACCAGAUGUUCAGACUAGAGAAGGUGCAGCGCAGCGCUCAACAUGGUGAUUGCCCUCGUGUUUAUGCUCUGUGUGGCUUUUCUGUUCCCUGGCAGCCUUGGCCAUUCUGGACGCCCCUCUUGGGCCACCCUCAUGUGGGAGAUAGCUCCUGAGGACAUUGGCCAUAUCUCCAACCUGUCCUACCCACAGGGCCACCUUUUGCUCCCCUUUGCCCAGUUGGAUGUAACUGUGGCAAUCAUGGAGGUGAUCUGCAGGAACAGCCCAGCCCUGUGCCUGCUGGGUGUGAUGUUGCUUGUGGCCAUUCUUGUAUGUAGCAAAGCCAGGAGGAGAUGGAAGGAGGAGAUAAGCCAUCCACAUCCAGCUUCCGCGGGGACUCACAGCUGCCACAGGAACUCCUACAGUAUCUGUGAGGAGCUCUGCCAGUUGGAAGCAAACGUCAUCCUGCUGCAGAAGAUUGUGAGGAGACUGCUCCUAAGCUACCCAGAAGCUGGCAGGACCAGCGGAAAGAAGAGAAAGAGGAGAGAUGUGGAAGAGGAGGAGCGUCUUUUCUCCACCUGUGUGCCCAACCAGAGCUCCUGAGUGGUUCUGGGAGGGAAUCAGGAUUGUUCCCUAUGAAUGAAGUGUGGGAACUUGAACAAUAGAGAUUACUGCCUUGUCCUCCAGACUUGGCGUGCCUGGCAUGCGGGAGAGGGGGAUAAAAGGAAAAAGAACAAGAGAUGGAAUCAGAAGAGGUGAGCCCUCACUCGUCACCCCCCAGAGGCUCUCUCUGAGCAAUGGCUCCAUUGGCAGGCGAAACCCACAGGUUUUUCUCCACCCAGGGAACUCACAGUGGGUGUGCGAUGAGCCUGGGCCUUAGAAAUGUCAUUCUGCAUGUCACAGGUCUUUAUCAUGAAGUUUGGUGCAUCAAAGGGCCUCCAGUAGCCUUUCUGUGCUUAACAGUUGUCUCUCAAAUGCCUUGCAGUUCAACACAAGUUCCUCCAAAUUCACUUUGCUUGCCCCACACACCUCUGAUUGCUUUUAUUUUGCACUCAGGGACCUCCAAGUGCCUUUCUCUUUGGCUUCACGAUUCUCAGAGUGUUUUCCUGUGCUCAUCAAUGACCUGUGAUCUCAUUUUUUGUUCUGCCCAGGGACUUGCACAUGCCAUUCAGUACAUCCCUGGCAUUUCCAAAGUCCUUGUCCCCUCAGUUCAGGGCUUCCCAGUUCAUUUUGGUGCCCCAGAGGCUUCCAAAGCCCCUUCUAUGCAACCCAGGUGCUUACAAGCAUGUUUGUGCAUACACAAUGGCCCUCCAGCUGUCUUUGUGUUUGAUCAUCUGGAUGAAGGAGUUGAACAUGCCCUUGCUACAUCUGUAGAUUACACCAAGUUGGAAGAAGUGCUGGAUCUACUUGAAGGUAGAAAGGCCCUACAGGAGGAUUUGGACAGGCUGGAUAGGUGGGCUGAGGCCAACAGGAUGAGCUUUAACAAAGCCAAGUACUGGCUCCUGCAUUUUGGUUACAACCACCCCAUGCAUCAAUCACCCCAUCCGUGGCUGGAAGACUGUGUAGAGGAAAAGGAUCUGCAGAUGUUAGUUGUCAGCCAACUGAACAUGAGCCAGCAGUGUGCCUGGGUGGCCAAGAAGACCAGUGGCAUCCUGGCUUGUAUCAGAAAUGGCGUAGCCGGCAGGAGCAGGGAGGUGAUCAUCCCUCUGUAUUCAGUAUCUCAGGUAUUCAGUUUUGGGUCCCUCACUACAAGAAAGUCAUGAAGGCCCUGAAACACAUCUGAAGAAGGGCAACGAAGGUGAAAAAGGGUCUGGAGCACCAGUUUAUGGCAGGCAUGUCCCAAGACGCGGCCCACAGGUUGCGUGCAGCCCAGCAGUUGCAGUGCAGCCACCCCAUGCUGCUGCAUCAUCACGGCAGCAGCUCUGCCCUGCCAGGCAGCCCAACCCAAAGCCAGGACCUGGGAGGGCACAGUGCAUUGCUGAGUCUUCCCCUUGUGCUCGCAGCACACACUCGGUUGCAUUGAAGCCCACGUGUAUUUCCCAUGGCAUGUGCUUGUGUCACCUGUUGAGCAAAAUGCAGUGAUUGCCCACACUAAUACCUCAGCCUGCCUCAUGCUGCCUCAAAACAAAACAGAGUCCAAAAAAGGAAAAGUCUUGGCUGAAGGAAGAGCAUUAACAAAAAAUGGACAGAUUAGUGGGUUGUUUUUUUUUUUUUGUCAAGACAAGGCUGCUCAGACAUUACAGACGUGGCACAACUUGCCACUCUCGUUAGAGGUACUGAUAACAAAUAUAAUGCCACUAAAUCUGUUAUUUUUCCCUCAAGCCUUCCG